GCUGCAAACAGCGCUGGGGCUGAGCGAGGCUCAUCAUCACCACCACCACCGCACAAACAGCCUUGAGACCCACCGAACGAGCUACUCUGAUUUAAACUAUUCGUACGGAGAGCAGCUACUCGGGGCCAUGGCGGGCCCCCGAUAAUCGGAGAAACCUAUUUAUUCUCUUUGUUUGCCUCGACGCAUCGUACGCGCCGCUCGCCUCCGCCGAGGAGGGGCCGCCGAGAAGCUCUCUUGCGCGGAGGAGGACGGUAGGCUGAGGCAGCAGCAGCAUUGAACCGGGGGGUGUUUUCUACCGUAGAAUCGAAUGGCGGACCGCGAGGCGUCGCCGAUACCGUUGGAGGUGCGAGCACGGUUGGCUGAGCUGGAGCUCGAGCUGUCAGAGGGUGACAUCACUCAGAAGGGUUAUGAGAAGAAGAGGUCUAAGCUGAUCAGGGCCUACAUUCCGCAUCCUGGAGGUAAAUUUGCAGGCUCUGCCCAGGUCCAACCUCUCUGUGGGGCUCAUGUUGUAACCCGGCCUGGAGGCUCGGUUCAGAGGCACGAUGCCCUGUACGUGGUGGGGGCUCUGGAGGAGGCCAUGGAGCUGAGAGGGAUGAGGUACCACCCCAUAGACAUCGAGACCUCCGUCAUCCGCACCCACAAGAGCAUCAUAGAGUGCGCUGUGUUCCCCUGGACCAACCUCCUGGUGGUCGUCGUGGAGCUCGAGGGUUCCGAGCAGGAAGCGCUGGAUCUGGUUCCCAUGGUGACGAAGGCUGUGCUUGAGGAGCAUUAUCUCAUCGUGGGGGUUGUCGUGGUGACGGACAUCGGGGUGAUCCCCAUCAACUCCCGCGGGGAGAAGCAACGCAUGCACCUGCGAGACGGCUUCCUCCAGGACCAGCUAGAUCCCAUCUACGUGGCCUACAACAUGUAGCCUGUGUGUGUGUGUGUGUGUGUGUGUGUGAGAGAGAGAGAGAGAGAGAGUGUGUGUGAGAGAGAGAGUGUGGUUGCGUGAGGGGCGUGUGUGAGCAUGCGUGUGGAUGCCUACAUGCGUGUAUAUCGUUGUUGUUGUUCAUUUCAAAUCGAGAUGUACUGUAUUUUUGAAUCUGCAUAUGGUGUGGUCCCAGUUAUCCGUGUCUUUAGAGUUGUGAUGUGGUGGAGGUAUGGCUGUUUUUGCACCCCCGAAAAUUCCUGAGCAGGGCAAGAGGAGUCACUGUACAAAGCCUUAGGGAACACUGUGUACCGAGGAACAGAACAAGUUACUACACUUUGUUGUUUUCAUUAGAGGAUGAGGGACAGGGAAUAUAUCCGUCAUCAAGUUUUCCUGGUAAAAUAGAGCAACUAAGAUUAAAAGAUUAUGUUAUGUAUAACCUGAAUAGAACAGGGGCACCCAGAUUAUUGUACAAAACUAUAAAUAUUGUAUAUAAACAUAAUAAUCUAUAUGAAGAGAAAUCUGAAUCUCACAGAGGAGUCGCUCUGGCCACCGGUCUCUCUACCCACCCCCCUGCGCGGGUGUGUGUGUGUGUGCCAGUCUGUGUGUGUGCCAGUCUGUGUGUUUGUGUCUGUGUACAGCAUGAGUUUGCUUGAGUGAAGGGAUGGUUGAACAAGCUGGAACCCUGACGGUAGUCCAGACACAGUCCCGGCAUCCACACCCGCUUAGUCAACAAGCGUAAACUUGUCUUCUCAGCCGAGGAGAAGACGCCGGAGAGGAGAAGGGGAUUGAGAGAUGUUUACGCUGAAGCUCGGACCGGUGUUUCAUCUUGGUGGAGGGGGGGGAGGGGGGGGGGAGAAGGAAUCAUAGAGCCUUGGAAGUUGUUUACAUGAAGCUCAUAUCAGCGAUGAUCACAAAUAGGUUUGAUUUGUUUUUUGUAAACUUUUUUUUUCUACCUUUUUGUUUACGUAUUGUUUACCUCUAAGCAUCUCUUGAGCUUUAAUUGCAGAUUUAAAGAAAGUUUCGUUUCAGAGAUGAGUAUUGCCAUAACUCUAUUUACGGCGUGUGUUGAUUUGCUUUUUAUAUUUGAGCUCAUGGUUGUACAGUGGAGAGUUUGUCCCAGACAGAGUGUGUAGAGAGAGGGAGACAGCUGUUCGCUCUGCUUUCGUUCCAGUGAGAAAAAACCUUCUGAUGUGAUCCAGAAACCGUUUCUAGGAGUGACCUGUCUGUGUGCAUGUGUGGUCCUGAGAGACACAUUGCAUUAUGUGUGCGUGCGCAUGUGUGUGUGUGCGCGCGUGUGUGUGUGCAAGAGCAGGAGAAUGUGAAGUGGUGUGUGUGUGUGUGUGUGUGUAAGUGUAAAUUGUUUGUAAAUAGUGUUGAUUUUGUACGGUACAAGUGUGUGUGACUUGUUUUGUACACAUGAUAAAAAGAUGAAAUGACACUUUUAUAAGAGCCUGCCAUUGGCUCACCGUCACACUAUACAGUGCAAUAAAGUGCUUUGAUUGGCUAAAGAGGAGCAUGGUGGGUUU